UCAAAAAUGACUUUAUAAUGUGAUCACUGGGACCCUUCCAGAUGGCCCAGCCGUAGACGGCACCCCCUUCUCAAGGGAGGGCGGCCCCUGGGAGCCAGCAGGCCUCAUGCGGAGCAGCCGCCACCAGCCUCAGGAACCCUGGGCCUGAGUGUCACCGAGUUCACCUUCAUGGCAGAUUUCAGGGAACGGCCCCGGGCCUGACCCCUGGGCUCGGGGACGGCGCCCGCGUGCCACCAAGAGCGCAGGGCCAGGGUGCUUCAGGAGCUGUCCUUUAGGUGCGUGGAAGCCCCGAGUGGCCGUGCAAGGGGACACAGUGCUCAGCACUUGCCAACUCCCGGGCAGACCGGACCUGGGUCCAGGUUCUCAGGUCCAGCGUCCGGUGGCCCCCACACCCUGGGCUCCCGGGAGGCACGAAGGACAGAGCCGGGUGAUGCCGCACACGGGGAAGGCUCAGCCUGUGCUGAUGCUGCGACUGUGAGGACGCCGGCUUCACCGUCACAGAGCCCAGGUACAGGGGCGCAGGACGGGGCUGGUACAGGAGGCUUGGAGGCUGCGUUCCCAGCUGGCAGGCGGAGGGGAAGCGGCAGGCGGGACUCCUGGGCUGGAAGGCGGCUGAGCCCGGUAGCUGGAGCCCGGCAGCCUGGACGACCGCCUCUGAUGGGGUGGGGGUGGCGGGUGCAGGCAAGUCCACUCAGAACCUCCGUGGUGCUGCAGGGUUGUCUGGAGCCCACUGCACUGGGGUAACUCAGGAAAGAGGAAGAAACACAAAAGCCUCAGCCUGGGGCAAAUGCAGUCUCCCAAAUUCCUCCUCCGCCCUGGCUGACUAUGUAGAUAGUGCAAACUUGACCUACAAACUCCGAAACACGUGGAAAUCAGAAUGCGCUCCCUGCGACCUUGCUGCUCCAUCAGGCACGGCCAGCGCGGUGGCUCCUUGACGUCCCUCUGCACACGCGUCAGAAUGAAGGGGCCUGAAAGGACAAGUUUUGAAGUCUAGGCCGGUGUUUUGACUGUUGGUUGGUUUGGCCUCUCGGCUCCCUCCUCUCGUGUGUCCAGAGCAGGUGGGGAAUCCCCGGGGCGCUCACGCAUAGGACCUGGGGAGACCACCACGGGCUUUACAAAAACGCGGUCCUGCUGGAGACGCCUCUCCUGGGGCUAUUCCUUUCCGUUUUUAGGUCGCUUCCUCCCAUCUGUGCUGCACGCGGCGGUUUUUCUGAAGCAGCUGCUGGUUCUCACCGGCGUCUUCCACCCCCGCCGCGUUCUGUGCGCUUUGGCGCGUCCCGGAGCGUCCUGAGGCCGAACCCCAGUUCGCAGGGAGCCACAGAUCAAGGUGUCCUGAGCACACGCCAGGACUCGGGAAAUCACGAACAGCUCCCAAUCCACUGAUGACACCCAGUUUAAAAAAACUCCACCCAGUUUAAAAGAACUCCGCCCAGUUUAAAAGAACUCCAGUUUAAAAAAAGAAAAACGGUGAAGGAUAAUAUAAAAAAUAAGUGUACAGUCUGCUUUAUGAUAGUAAAUGAAAAUUUCCCAAAAGCUUUCACCUGAAACUAUCAAUGACUUGGAAACCUCAUAAAGAAGCAAGUGACCCGGGAGACUGAAACAGAUCACGGAGGCUGGCCCGGGCCCGGCCCUGCUGCCGGCUCCCUGAGGCCUGGAGGGAUGGAGCCUGAGAGAGGAGCCCCGUCCAGGACAAAGCCUGGGGGCUUCACUUUAUGAAUCGACCUGAUGGCACCAGGGCUGCGGCUGGGACAGUGUUUCUGGGUGUGGCUGGGAGGGUGUUUCCGGACGCGGUGACCCCCCCGCGUGCUGGGCGUCAUCCAAUCCUCUGACGGCCUGAAGGGGCCGCGGUGGAGGAAGGAGGAAUGGCUCCUGCUCACCUGCCUUCCUGCUUGCUCCAGGACGCCUCUUCUCACCGUCUCUGGACCAAGGUCUGGAAUCUACACCGACCUCCCUCAGAGUCGGGUUGACUGACACCGCAGGCCUUCCUGGGUCCCAGAUGGCAGAUCCCGAGACCUCUCAGCACCUGUCCCCGCAAGAGCCAGCUCCUCACAAUAAACACCUUUAAACCCACGUAUGGGUGGGACAGAGAGACCCUAAGCAUUUCCGCACCUACCUUGAGUGUGUCUGCAUCGUCGUUUUGUGACAUACAUUUCACCUGCAGUAAGUGAAAAGGCCGCCAUUCCUGAGACGCAGGCCUGGGCAAAACCAGGGACUCCUAGGUGCCCCGACGCCCCUCCCCAGACAAGGCUCCCUCCCACCCUCGAGGUUUCCUGGGAGCAGCCGUCGAAAGAAGAAAAAAACAGUCCUGAUGGGGGCUGAGGGCAGAGGAGGCACAGCCGGCCGUCCUCCAGAUUCCCAUGCUGCCAACAGCUGCCCUCCGGACGGACAGCUCUGCCAGGGACGGUGCCCAGACAGAGGGCAGUGCGUCUUUCUGGGACUGAACCGACGCCAAGCGUGCAUGUCACUGAGCCCAUAUAACAGAGAACGGCAGGCGAGAUACAGGCGUGCACCCCGGAGAGGACAGGCUGAGGACCCUCGACAGGGACAGGAAAACCUGCCGGUCACUGAGAAAUGGUUGGAAAAAACAUGAGUAAAAGCCUCACUCUGAAGAAUCCUGGAAGAGUAGCAUAUGAUUCAGGCGGGAUAAAGAUGUUUUGGGAGAAAAAAAUCGAGCAUCACGCAAGACACCUGCAGAACGAGGACAUGAGGGUUCGCAGAAGCGCCUUGAACAAGCUCCGCGUGGGAUGGGCUGAGCAGCUGGAGGGGAGGAACAAGAUGCUGCAGGGCCCAGGGAGGUGCCCAGACAGGGUCCCGGAGGCCGCUGAGUCCCUCCACACCAAGGACAAGAUGGCGGCCUGAGGGCCCACGAGCUCCAGACUCUGCAUGAGCUUCCGGAGGAUCAUGGAGAAAGAACACCACGCGUGGGGUCCAAGCAUCCACGCCAGAGUUCACAGGAUCUUCAUCAUGGAAAUGGCCCGCACCUCGCUGACCCCGUAAUAAUCCCACCUCGGGGUCCACGCUGCAGCAGAGUCCCAGGGUUCUCUAGCACAUCGAUGGUGCCCAAUAAAACCUAAGUCAAUUGGA